AAUGGAGAAUCAAGGAAUGCGUACAGAUACAAGAAAAAACUGGAGAUGCCCUUCACGCAGAGAUGGAAGAGAAACAAAGAGUGGUUGAUGCCAAAACUCUGGACGAAUCAACCUUCUUCCCGAGUCACACGAUAGCCCAUGUGAGCAGAAGCUAUAAAAUCCAAGCAGCAGAGACCAGCAUGAAGCAGAAACUAAGAGGCCUUCCAGUUCACAAACGAUUUACAGAAGAAGCAAGGAGCAGAGAGAGGAAGAAGAAGAGAGAGGUUUCAAGGCUGAAUUGGUAUGGCUUCCAAGACUGCUGCCGCCGCAUCAGAUGACUACCAACCCACGUUCGAGUGGAUUCAAGACCAAGGAAACCAUAUUCUUCAAGUCAAGCUGCGCCCAGAAUUCACCAAGGAAGAUCUCAAAGUUCAGAUAGACACAAUGGGGUCGAUCAGAGUCGGUGGGGAGCACAAGAAGGACGGGCAGAAGCCGAUCGCUUUCCGGAAAUCGUUCCGCCUACCCGAUAAUUCUAAACGCAGCGAGAUCAGAGCCAGGUUCCAGGACGGAGUCCUAAAGGUAAUCAUACCGAUGCAGGCACCACCCAAGAAGCAGCCGCCUGUGUCGGAAGAGAACGCACCGGCCGCCGGAGGAACCACAAUCGCCAAUAAAAAAUCCGAGGACGAGUCCCGAGCUGCUGGAGAUGCCAAGCCUCCGGCCGGAUCCGGUGGAGAAGGUGGGAGACCAGCAGACAAGUCGGAGACCCCUGGAGAUAAGGGGACUGCGGAAGAGAGCCGGAAACAAUCCCAGGACAUGUCCCGAGCCGCCGGAAAGGCCGCUCCUUCGGCCGGUUCCGGUGAAGAAGAUGGGAGACCAGCAGACAAGUCGGUGGACCGUGGAGUUCUGGGGACUAAGGACGACCGCUGGAGCAGAUCCAAGUACAUAAACCGUCUCAGUGUCGGACUAAAGACUCGGAGGAAACAGAUCGUAUCGGUCGGUAUCGGCAUUCUUGUGCUGUCUGUGGCGCUAGGUUUCUACGCCGCGUACCGUCUCGGGGAAUCGGCGGAAGAUGGAAACUAAUGAAAAUUUAUUGUAAUAAACCCCGAGGGGGAAUAUAUACUCGCUUUCAAUAAAUGAAAACGUGGCUAUAUUUAACCGAUACGGUUCGAACAAAGCGAGUCAUAUGAAAAUGAGAGAAACAGUUUGAGUUACACGAGCUGGACUCAUUUAAAAACGACUUGGCUUGUAUCUUCUAUGUUUGUUACUUUAUACAGGUAUGUCC